UUAAUAAACCGUUUUUAUCUUUAUAAAUAUAAAUACGUACAUCUUUUUAACUCUCCUACAAGAAAAGAAUUUCAUGUUCAUGGUUAUUAAUCACAUUUGUCAUUAAAUAAUUUUCCUACUCGUCGGACUUGUAGCUACUCCCAGAACAACUGCCAACGUGACAGGUGUAAUUAACCUCCAUGUUGAAAUUGUUUACCUUAUUUUGUAACAAUUUUAAACAUGAGUAUUAAAGUGGUUUUGAAAGAUUUUCCGAAAAUUUGCCGAUUAUGUUUAGCCCAUGGAGAGUUAAAACCCAUACAGGAAUUAAAACAAUUAGAAUUGUUUAGGUUACUUAUGGACAUUAAGGUAAAAGAGGAAGUUAAAAUGCCAGAUAAUGUGUGCCUGAAAUGUAUUGAACAAUUAGAGGAUAUAUAUAACUUUAUAGCGAAGUGUAAAAUAAAUGAGGAAGCCUUGAAAUUAGUGGUUUCAAAAGAAUUAGAAAAAAAGGAAAAUGUAGAACAAGAGGAUGUAGUGAGUGAUGGUUACGAUAACGAUGAUGUGAAAGAUGAAGACGAUUUCUACUUAAAGGAUGUUAAAGAAGAAAUUGUCGAAUUAGAACCAGAUAUACUUUUAGAGAUAAACAAAGAAGUUUCUUUGCUGUGUGAGAACUGCAGUGAGAACUUUAAUUCUGUGGCAGCUUUAAAUGAACAUUACAAAGAGUUUCCUAAUUGUAAUCCAAAGGAUUCAAAGAAAAAGGAAGUUUGUAAUAUUGUUGAGUAUUUAAAAAAACCGAAAACAAGAAGGGGGAAAAAGAAAAUAAAAGAAGAAAGUGAUGGAGAGGUGGAGAUUGUUAAAGGAAGGGUACUGAAAGGAAAGCGUAGGUUUUUAUGUAACUACUGCGGAAAGAAUUACACAAGAAAAAAUGGGUUAGAAAGGCAUAUUUUAAGUCAUUCAGGAAUAAAACCUUUUGAAUGCAAGGAAUGUGGCAAAUGUUAUAUAACAAAGGAUACAUUAAAGACACAUCUUUUAACCCAUACAGGUAUCAAAGCACAUAAGUGUACGGUCUGUCAAAAAUCGUUUACACAAUCAAGUCACUUAAGUUAUCAUAUGAGGAGGCAUAAAGGUGAAAAGCCACACACAUGUACUUUUUGUGGAAAAGCAUUUUUGUCUAGCUAUCAUCUGGAAAGGCACAAACUAAUGCACACAGGAGUCAAACCCUAUGAAUGCAGUUUAUGUGGUAAGCAGUUUGUUCGCAGCACCACUCUCAGAGACCAUAUGUUAAUUCACAGUGGAGAAAAACCAUUUCAAUGCCAACACUGCGGCAAACAGUUCAACAGGAAACAGUCUCUUACCAACCACGUUCUGGUUCACACCGGAGGGAAAAACAGCAAUAGCAGUAGUGCAAAUCUAGUAUCCGUAGGUGUAAAUAUGAGCUCUAGUGAGAAUAAUUUUAAAUAUGUAAAUGUAGCCAAUGACUUUCCAGUAAAUAUGUUGGGGGGAGAUAUGCAGAACUUUUUAACCACUUCUGAACUUAGUAAGGAAACUGGCGGUAUAGAGAACUCUUUGAGUUUGCAUACCACACAUUGACACAUAUAAUUUGCACCAUGUUUUUACUAAGACGCAGUAAAACUAAAAUUUGUACAAUAGGGAACUUGCACAUUUUUUUUAUUAUAUAAUAAUGUUCAGUUUUGUAUAAAAACGAGAUUUCCAAAAUUUCACGCUUCAAAAACGCAUAAUAACAGAAGUACAAAUUUAAAGUCUUCUGUAUUUUAAAAUAGUUCAAACGACCCGUGACGUCACAUAGUUUAACUAUAUGGUUCCGUUUAUGGUUAUAUUGAGGUAUAUUCUUCUUCUUCUUUAGUUUAUUGGCCUCUACCUACUUGGGUAUUUGGCCAGCUUGUCGUCGCAAAAUAAAGGAAAAAUACAGGGUCUCCCGGAAAAUAGUGCGUUCCUUUAAGGUACGGGCUAAGUGCACCAUUUAGACCAAAAAAGAGUGAUAAAAUUUUUUUGUACAGUCAACGUUUUCAAAAAAAUAAUUUAUUCAUUUUAAUGCAUUUGAUUAAUGUCCACAGAAAUGCAAAUACAGCCGGCAACGCUGCGUUUCUUCUUCUGUGUAAAAAUAAUUUUGCUGUAACUCAACUAUCAUGAAUCAUCGACCAUUAGGCAUAAUAUUAUGUAUUGAUAAAAUACUGAUAACAGUGAUAGAAAAACAGCAUAAUAUUUGUGUUUAUUAAAUAUCUAAUAAAUAAAAUUUGUAUAGUGUUUUAACUUACAUGAAACAUUUUUAUUACAAUCAGAAUCAAGCUACGUCUUCCAGAAGUAUCUACCUAUCGGUAGAACAUGUUACAACAAAUUUGAGUAUUACAUUUCUCCAUUCAAUCUUCUGGGAAGUUCAAUCAGAUUAUUACUAAUAAUCCCAGCCCAUACAUUAAUACUUUUGGCAUUAUUAAAGUAAAACACACACACACCAUUUCUCGUAAAACAAGCUUUAUUUGCACACAACUCUUUACACAUUUUGUUUUGAAACCAUCUACAAAUCCUUAAACUUAGAGGUAAAUCGCCUUGGUGUACCUAAAUCUUGCACUAAUUAUACGCUAUAGGUACGUAAUUAACAUGAUACUUGCGAUCGAAAUCAUGACAAUACCACAACAAUACGAUGUAUUCUCGGGUUACAGGUAAUUAUGAUAUGACUGUUUGUGUUUACAAUUUUAAAUAUCUUCGCUAUGUCACAAUAAAUAAAAAUGCCGGGUUGCUAAAUGUAAAUUUUAGUAAAAAAGACAUUAUUUUAUUUUUUUUGAGGCAACAGAUGACUUUAGAAAAAAAAAUUAUAAGAAAGUUUUCUUUUAAAUGGUGCAUUCUACCCACACCUUUAAGGAAUGCACUAUUUUCCGGGACACCCUGUAUUUAUAUUACAAUGACAUACGAUAAAUGUCAUUAUACAUUAUGGUAUAUAUGUCAAUAUAUACCAGUUUGUUGAGAUUGAAGUUUGAUAUAGCUAUUGAAGGAAAGGAAAGAAGGUUUACUGUGGAAAAUAAAACCAUUUUGUAAAAGUACAAAUUUUCUAUGAAUAGUUCAAACGAUCAAAAACACUUGUAACGUCACAUAACUGUAUUUUCUACUGAUGUCUAUAAUGUCUAAUUUAAAAUUAUAUACAAUUUUGUUUACUUUGUUGGUGCAGAAUGUAAACAUAUAACCGGAUGACGUCACGACGCGUUUUGGGCUUGUUGGUAUAAUUUGAAUUUUUAAUCGUCUUUAGGGGCCAAACGAAAGACAAACAAAACUUUUUUUUAUCUUUGAUACAUGUUUUAAAUUAUGUUCUCUUGUGAUUUAUAACAUUUUUUUCGAAUUUAAAAUUUUAUGCAAGUUUCCUAUUGGUCUUUGAUUGGCUCAUACUAAAGCAAUGUUAAUCAAAUCUAUAUAGUUCAUAUUACUUUUCAUAUUAGCUCGCAUGUACAGAGGCAAGACGGCAAAUGUUUUAAAGUACUGGUUUCAUUAUCUUGUAUAUUGUUUUGUUUUUUUUAGUUGUCAAUCAUCUAUUGUGUUCGUUAAAUGUCUAAAAAAAUCCGUGUUUUUGUGAAACUGGGUUUAAAUUACUCAAAAUACUCUAACAGUUUAUCCCAAACCCUUUUUCCAGUGCGUCAUUAAUUUUGACGUCAUAUAAGAUUUUAAGAAUGACGCGAAUCACUGCAUGACAUUUUAGUUAAAUCUGACAGUGGUCAGAAUAGGUAUUUAUAUUUAUAUUUAGGAAAGGCCCAAAGUAUGAGAUCUGGGGAAAUCGGAGAGAAGAGGAUAUGGGACUACUGAUGAGGAGGAAAAAAACCUCCGAAACCGCUAUAGACUCUUCCUGCACUCACCGAUUUAACCAGAGUAUUAUGCAGCUGCUGCAUUUUCGUGUUGCAAAGAAAUUGAAAAUGUUUAUACAUUUUAAUUCAUUUACUCUUUUGUUGAGUACUAAGGAAUCUUUCUUGUUGGAACUUUUACCACGCUGAGCAGAUUGGUUGUGAAUUAUUUAAAAUUCUCUCAUCUUAAUUUCCUCGGCAUCCUGUAUGAUUUAUAAUUUUCGAAAAUCUCGGGAGGUUGUAACCAAAGAAAGUAUUCCACCUCUUGUCAAUCUGGUAGUAUGGGAACGAUAUUUAUUGUCGUUUUCUGUGCUACUUCGAUUGAUAACUUACUUUGAUUUUCGGUAGAUGGCUCUAGUACAUCCGUGACAUUUCGUUCUUUGCAAUUCGGAAAGGCCCAAAGUAUAAGACCUGGGAAAAUCGGAGAGAAGAGGAUAUGGGACUACUGAUGAGGGGGAAAACCUCCGAAACCGGUAUAGACUCUUCCUACACUCACCGAUUUAACCAGAGUAUUAUGCAGCUGCUGCAUUUUCGUGUUGCAAAGAAAUUGAAAAUGUUUAUACAUUUUAAUUCAUUUACUCUUUUGUUGAGUACUAAUAAGGAAUCUUUCUUGUUAGAACUUUUACCACGCUGAGCAGAUGGGUUGUGAAUUAUUUAAAAUCUCUCAUCUUAAUUUCCUCGGCAUCCUGUAUGAUUUAUAAUUUUUGAAAAUCUCGGGAGGUUGUAACCAAAGAAAGUAUUCCACCUGUUGUCAAUCUGGUGUUAUGGGAACGAUAUUUCUUGUCGUUUUCUGUGCUAUUUCCAUUGAUAACUUACUUUAUUUAUAUUUAUGUUUAUAUCAAUACAUCAUAUAAAUAUUUGCCAGAAUAUUAAUACUUACUUAAAAUAUUUUAAGGAAAAAAUAAAUACAUAAUAUAUGAAGGGUCAGAGGGAAAAACGAUGAAUGUCAAUUUUUGGUCAUUUUGCGAUUUUUGUGCAAUAUGUUAGCUUAGAAAGAGCACUAUCAACAUGUGAAUGGCCAAGGGGAAAUAACGAUGGGAAUUGUUUUAAAAACACGUCACAAGAUUGGACGCAAGGGGGAAAACAAUGAAUAUUGGGGAGGUAUUUUAUUUUAAAUCUCACCCCACCGUGGCGAAAAGGGGUUAAUUAUUCCCUUUUGUCUAAUUGGACAUCGGCAAAAUAUGUACAUAAAAGCGAAUUAAUUUAAAUGUUGUUUUCACAACAAAUAUGUAACUUUGUUUCUCAUUUUACCGAAAAUGCUUGGUAAUAAAUAAUUUUACAGAAAAAUGCUGUUUCUACAAACAGCCAAGUGUGUGGCAAUGUACCUAUAGAAAUUUGUAGACAAAUGAAAUUAUUUUAUGACCUUGUCGGCACAGGAUUGAAUUUUAUGUGGGAAAGGAGCGUUUACUCAACAGUAAUAAAGUGUUUAUUAGGUACCUGACAAACCGUAAUAAUAUCCAAAACAGCAGGCUUUCGAAGCUCUUACUGAUAAACCAUUAUAUCAGGCAAAUUUGAAAUUUUUAGGAAAUUGUAUGUAAAAAUUUAUUUGUUGACCUGAAAAAAUUAUUCUAAAAAGCGGUAUUGGGUUACUAAACCAUAUUCCAAUAAACGGAUAAAUUUAUUAAAGGGUAAAUGGAAACGUUUCGGGACCUCGAAUUUAUAUUCCAUAAACCGGGAUAUUCCUAUAACCGGUACUCUAAUAAGCGGGUUCGAUUGUAUAUGUUUGUCCGAAUAUACUAAUGUCAUAAAAUAUUUUAUAUUUACGUCGUUGACAAAUUUCUAACCUAGAAUUACAAUUGUCAUUUUAUCCGUUAACAUUGUGAAAGUACUGUCACGAUAGAUUACUUUUGUUUCACAUUAUCUUUAUUCGUAUCAUGGAUUGGUUAUCUAUUUAGAGUAUUGUGUAAUUAUCAACCAAUUAUAUAUCUACAAGUCUGGACCUCGGAGGUAAACUACACUAUGUCAUUUCUAGCAACUGUGUUUAGCGUGUGUUUGCAAAAAAGUUUAGAGCACUUAGGAUGUUAAUAAAAAUCUGAUAUAUCCCAUAAUUGGUUGAACGACAAUAUGACUAUCUUUUAAUGAUAAUGUAUAACCAAUUUGUAUAAUCCAACUAAUAAAAUAAGUGGAUUAAAGAAACUUAUUCAAAAAAACACCAUGUCGACAUAGUUUAGGUUACAUCCGAGGUCCAGAAGUAUAAGUCGCUUUAAUAUGGAAAUACCCUUCAACAAAUACAUAAUUUUCGAAGUUCUAUGUAUAAUAAUCACUGAUGUACGUUUUUCUGUUACUUCGAGCUUAAUGCGUUAGAGCGAAAUCGACAAACAAUGACGCAUUAAG